GCUCACACCAGGGUGACAUAGAGUUGCAAGUAACCAACAAUGGAGAAUAGUAACUUUUCUAAGCAGCUGAACCCUUCCUUGUCCUGGGCAGAUGAACCACCCCAGUACAGCAGCCAUGGCUAUAAUUCCCUGACUGAGGAGCUGGUAGACUUUAGUGCUGUACCAAGCCAGCAAGUCCAGACUACUAUGGUGAACAUCCCAGAUAAUGGGACUCCUGUGAGAGACCAUCUGGUGUGGUCACUCUUCAGUAUGUCUUAUAUGAAUCCUUUUUGCCUGGGCUUUUUGGCUGUGGUCUUCUCAAUCAAGAGUCGAGACCGGAAGUUGGUUGGUGAUCACAGUGGCGCUAUUACCUACAGCUAUACAGCUCGAGAUCUCAAUAUUGCUGCAACGGCGCUGUCCAUUUUUUCUUUCAUUGUAUUUGUUAUCCUGUUUGUGAUAAAUUUUCAUGUCAGCAAAUGACCAGAAACCAGCAAACCUUUGAACAUCUCUUUGUUUCACUUUUGGGGCGGCGAAUGACAAUAAGAGGCUCACUGCUUUGCUUUGUACUUGUACUUUCAGUAAUCACUACUUACCGCAUUUAAAGCCACAUUAAUUUGUUAUAAUCUUCAUUACCACUAGUAUUAUUUUGUUAGGAAAGCUGUUUAUAUAAAUGUUGCUUGUGUUAUAUUUUUUUUGUUUAUAUUUUUAUGUUCACCAUUAUAAACUUUCAUAAUGCACUUAGAAUAUGGGUUACCAAGCUUUAUCCAUCUACAAACGAGACCACUGUGUUUUAGUGAGAACAGUAUUUAUACAUCAAAAAUAUUUUUACCUGAAAAAUGUCAAACAACAUUUUUGUUACAAAAGACUUGUUAUACUUAUUACCAAUGUAUAAGGAAUUGCUCCUUCAUGUUUAUUUUUGUACUUGAAAUUGUUUAUUUUGCCUACUAAAGCCAUCACCUAUUGUUCUCAAGGAUAUGCCAAUUUAAAUUGACUGAGUCUGCAAAAAGACAGAGCUGGUCAUGUUAUCUUUUUUUAUAAGCAAAGCCUAAUAGAUUUUUAAAUGUUACUCAAGGCUAGGGGUCCGAUUUACCGUGUGUCUGGCGGACAUGAUCUGCUGUAGUGGAUCAUGUCCGCCAGACAUCGAUAAUGCCAUCGGAAUGUUUCAUUGCACAAGCAUUCCUUGCGAAAUGCUUGUGCAAUGCCGCCCCCUGCAGAUUUGCGGCCAAUUGGCCGCUAACAGGGGGUGUCAAUCAACCCGAUCGGGCGGAUUGCUGUCCGCCGCCUCAGAGGUGGCAGACAAGUUUAGCAGCAGCGGUCUUAAGACCACUGCUUCCUAACUUCUGUUUCCGGCGAGCCUGAAGGCUCGCACGGAAACAGCUGCAUUUUGCAGCAUUCAGCUGUUAAUAAAUCGACCCCUAGGGGUUCAAUGAGCAAAACCAUCUAUUUUAGAUACAAAAAUGAUCUAUUUCUUGCGGUUUCCCCUCUAGGAGUUUAAUUUAUGCUGUUAUCGCCUGCUUUACCUAGCUUCUCCACAGAGAAUACAGCAGUAUUCAUAUUUUCUGUAUAGGUGGAGUUUUCAACAGGCAAACUCUGCUUUUUAAAUGACAAAAAAAGAUAAAUGAACAACUGCGUGUUAACAAUUAAACACACUUAAUUAUGUAAAUAAAAUUGAUCAUUGGGAACAGUACAAUGUUCCAUUGUUGUAAUACAAAAGCACUAAGCAGUUAAGCGUACUUAAAGGAACACUCAAGUCAAAAUAACCUUGGAAAAUUCAGUUUUAAGACACUUUGCAAUUUAUUUCCAUUAUCAAAUUUUGCACAGUUCUUUAUAAACACACUUUCUUGAGAACAAGCUCCUACUGAGCAUGUGCACAACCUCACAGGGUAUACAUAUACUAGUCUGUGAUUAGCUGAUGUCUUUCACAUGAUACAGGGGCAGGAAAAUGGGAGAACAAAUGUAUGCACUGUCCAUUACUUCCUGUUACAGCCCUCAAGUGGGCUGGGGCCCUCUGUAGAGAGGCAGAAUAGCAUUAUUUUCUCUGAACUGGUGCUAAGAGACACCUAUCUGAUAGCUGCAAAUAGUUUAUUGCCCAUGUUCAGUGUAGGACUUUUGCUGCAAAAAUCAUGUUACUAUGUAACCUAAUCAUGUGACCAUAUAACCUAAUUAUGUGACCAUGUGACCUAAUCAUGUGACCAUGAAACCUAAGUACUGUAAUGGUAGCUUUUCACCAAAGGAGCACAGUUUAAUAUCUAUUUAAAUAAAAAGCAAAUAAAACUGA